AUGCAAGGAGAAGUCGAAAACUUUGAUGAAAUUAUGACAGCUCUCCGAAAAGUACGAUGUGGUGCAAUAACCAACGAAAAAGAGUAUGCUUACCUGAUGUAUUCGAUAGCAGCUGGAGUAAUGCGAAAGAUUGGCGUAGAGUUCUGGAACGAUUUCGAAUCACUGAAGUAUUACUGUCAAAAUGUCAUCGAUGGAUCGUAUGAUGGUCGUGAUAGUCGUUUCAAUAAGUUGACUUGCCAAGAAUACCAAAACGAACACGCUGAAAUGAAAAAGACAAUAAAGAAGAAACGAGAGGAGUUUUGCAAGCUCAACGAAUUGGAAAAAUCUCUCGACACAGCGAAAUCAUUGUCGGAAUACGAAGAGAAGGGAUCAGUGCCAACUGAUGGGAGAACACCGAGCACGGCUAGUGAAGUAAAGAAGCCUGCUGAAAACCAAGAGAAAAAGGGGCUCUCUAGCCCUUUGCCCACUUCAUUGAAAUCUAAAAAAAGUACAAAGAAUAACAAGUCAGAGAAGAAAAAUGUGAAAGACCAGCCACAAGGAAAGAAUGAAAAUGCGACAAAAGAUGGGAAAUCCGGAAAGAAAAGUGAUAAGAAAGUAGAUGCAAAAAAAUUGUGA